UGCAAGAAAAACGUCUUUUUCCCUUACUACGCAGCGGUGCCACACAUAGACCGAGCACGCGAACAGUAAUGGAGAACUCUACGCGACCAGUCUUUACUUUCGGGGUAAUCGCAGACAUACAGUAUGCAGACAUAGACGACGGAUUAAACUUUUUGAAAACAAGGAGACGUUAUUAUAGGAACAGUCUGAAACUACUGCGCUCAGCGAUCCAGGGUUGGAAAGAGGAACGAGUCCAGCCCUGUUUUAUUCUUCAGCUAGGAGACAUUAUCGAUGGAAACAAUAAAAAACACGAGGCUUCGGAUCGAGCCCUAGAGACUGUCAUACAUGAAUUUGAAAACAGUUUAGUUAAGGUACAUAAUGUAUGGGGCAAUCAUGAAUUUUACAACUUCAAUAGAAACUCUCUUUUCGCCUCACUUAUCAACAGCGGAGAGAAAGCCGAAUCCGGAAGCGGCCUUAUUGAUGACGAGAUAUAUGCGUAUCACUUCAGCCCCGCCCCUAAGUUUCGAUUUGUAGUUCUCGAUGCGUAUGACUUGAGCAUCAUAGGUAGAGAUCCAACCAAUGAAAAGUACAACCAGGCUAUCAAAAUACUGAAAGAACACAACAACAAUGACGACCUCAACCAUCCUCCAGGUUCUGGUUGGUUAAAUCAAAGAUUUGUGAAAUUUAAUGGAGCGUUUAGCCAAGAGCAGCUUCAGUGGUUUGAUGAAGUAUUAACCCUUGCUGACCAGAAACAUGAGAGAGUGACUAUUGUUAGCCAUCUUCCCGUUCACCCAUCCUCAACAGACCCAAUUUGCCUUGCUUGGAACUACGAUUCAAUGCUCUCUAUUAUUCACUCUCAUAAGAGUGUUGUUUGCUUUAUAGCGGGACAUGACCACGAUGGAGGCUAUCACAAAGAUGAAUCUGGGAUUCACCACCUAACACUGGAAGGGGUGAUUGAAACACAUCCAGAUAGUAAUGCCUUUGGGACUGUUUAUGUCUAUGAUGACCAGAUGGUUCUGAAGGGCAAUGGAAGGGUUGAGGACAGAGUUCUUAUGUACCCAAACUCAUUUUAAAGCUACAUUUAUUUGAUUAGGGAAUUCAUUUAUAAUUUCAUGCAUUUCUGAUAUGCAAGAGAAACAAUAGUUGAUUUACCUUUUUUACUGUAUGGCAGUACAGGUACAAACCCUAGUCAUAUUAAAACUUUUAGACUUUUUCAAGAGGAAAGGCAGCAUCCUUAUCCUUUUUAUAAGUCUAAACCUACUUUCUAAAAAUUGAUCUGGUAAAAUUGUUUAUCUGUUUAAAUGUAUUGUAUUUAGGGCAUAACAUCUCAUUGUCACAUAAUAAAAAUGGUGCCAUUUAAUAAAAUAAACAAAUGCCAUUCUGCCUGAUUAUUUUGGGGUUAAUUUGUUUAUGUAUUAUAUUUUUUAUAUUUUAAUGUACUUACAGCAUAUAUAUUAUUUAUCUACGUUUUAAAACAUGAAUUUAAUAAACAGGCUUAAAUGUGUCUAUCUAUGUAUACAUUCAAAACAUAUUUUUGACCCUGGAUCACAAAACCAGUCUUAAGAAGCACAGGAACAUUUUUACAUGUUCCUGUAACAUGUAACUGUAAGACAAAAAUACAUUGUAUGGGUCAAAAUGAUAUUUUUUUCUUUUAUGUCAUAAAUCAUAAGGAUCUUAAGUAAAUAUCAUUUUCCAUGGAGAUAUUUUGUAAAUUUCCUACCAAAAAUAUAUAAAAAACUUUAUUUUUAUAUGGAGAUGGUGGUCUAGUGGGUUAAACCACUGAACUGGUAAAUCAAAAAGGUUGCUGGUUCGAUCCCAGCAGCCACCACCAGUGUGUCCUUGAGCAAGACACUUUACUCCAUGUUGCUCCAGGGGGAUUGUCCCUGUAAUAAGUGCACUGUAAGUCGCUUUGGAUAAAAGCGUCUGCCAAAUGACUAAAUGUAAUGUAAUUUGUGUGAGUGGAUUCCCUGCCACAGUACCCCUGAUUAACAACUUCAAAGGCAAUUU